GUCACUCCGUGUUCAACUGUCAUUGGUGGUUUUUGAUUCUUCCUGCUUCGGGGAUGAUGUUGUAGAUUGUAGUAGUAUUACUUCGAAAUAAAUUAUAAUAACGUGAAUAAUGUCAAUAACAACGUGUGAAUAAAAUGUAUUAAUAUUCGUAUUAAAAUUAUUUCAUUGAUACAAACUUGGAAUCUGUUGUUUUGGUACAAUGAGAUUCACCGGUUUCUUAUUUUCUGUAAUUACUUUGGUUUACGUUAAUAAUUGUUUAGCGACUAAUAAUGACCUGCCAAAACGUGAGGAGAAGAAAGCAAAGUCAGUCACUUCAUUCGUUAGUGCGAAAUGGGAGUCUACACCAAUAGUCUUGGAGUUGGCUGAAUACCUUGCUGGCGAGAGCUCGGAUCUUUUCUGGUCGUUUGUUGACGAGAUAAACUCUCUGAAGUCUAGUCUUGAGAGCUUAGAGACUGACAAAGAAGUGUAUGAUGCAUGUGUUGGCGUUACUAGUACCUUGCUGGCUCCAGCCCAGCUACGCAUGGCCAAAUUAGCACUCUCUAUGCACUUGACUUCGCCAACUGUUCAUAUGUUUGAUCAGAUUUCUACCCAAAAUGGAGCAAAAAGUGUGCAAUGUGAUACAUUUGUAGACAUCGCUUCAAGAAAAGUCUGUGAUAAUGAUGCAUUACGUGAUAUUCUUAAAUCCUAUGACCAGUAUGAUCCUGAAGAACACAAAUUAGAGACAUAUCUACUUGACCACUCUUUUCCCAGUAGUGACAAUAAAAGCUUAACCGCUAUAUUGUAUGGAGAACUUGGCAUGACUGAUUUUGCUACGAAACAUAAAAUAUUAGCUGCUUAUGCUGACAAAGGAGCCAUCAAUUAUGUUGUGAGAUGGAAUGUGAAGCCUCGAGGAAAGCCGAAAUUACGACUGUCAGGGUAUGGAGUAGAACUCCAGCUGAAGAGCACAGAAUACAAGAGCCAGGAUGACUCCAACCCUAAAGAAUCGGAAGGCGCUGAUGCCCCUACAGCAUCUGAGGAGGAAGAUGAAAAUGACCCUCAAAACCAAAUUGAUGGGUUCAAUUUUGGCAGGCUGAAGAAUCUUUUCCCCGCGCUGCGUACUCCUCUCGAACGAUUCAGGCGUCACCUUUCGGAGUCCAGCGAAGAAUUAGAGCCGCUUAAAGUGUGGCAGAUGCAAGCGCUGAGCAUGCAAGCCGCAGCGGCGGUCAUCGACGCCAACGACGCCGGUGGCGACGAGUCGCUCAAAGUGCUCGCUUCUAUCGCACAGAACUUCCCCAUGCAGACGAAAUCCCUAAUCCACGUGAACGUGCCGCGCUCGUUCCGCGACGAGGUGCUGUACAACCAAGACGUGUGGGCGCAGUCGCUCGGGCUGCGGCCCGCGGAGCCUCUGCUGCUGGUGUCGGGCGCUCAGUACGAUGCUGAAGAAGUGGACGUUAUGGCGCUGCUGGCCGCUAUACGGGAGGACAUCGGGCCUAUGAACACGCUGCAUGCAUUAGGCCUAUCAAACAAGCUGAUAAACACUUUGAUGUCUCUCGAACUCGGCGAGUCCUUCACGUGGGAGGAAUACGGUCUAGAUAUGCGAGACACUGCAAUCACGUGGCUAAACGACCUAGAGGCUGAUGAGCGCUACCGUCGCUGGCCUUCGUCCUACAUGGAUCUGCUUAGGCCUACUUACCCAGGCAUGUUGAGGAAUCUGAGGAGGAAUAUCUACAACUACGUGAUCAUAGUAGACCCGACGUCCUUAACCUCCGGGCCGCCGAUCAAGCUCGGCGAGACGCUACUCAAGCACGCUACUCCGGUCCGAGUGGGACUCAUCCUCGCGCCCGGUAGCGAAGACUCAAGACUCGAGGCCGCCGUGCGCUCGGCCUUCAACUACGUGGCUCAAGAGAGGAACUCUAACAAGGAGGCGUUUUACUUCUUGAGCCAGCUUGGCGGGACGCUACUCAAGCACGCUACUCCGGUCCGAGUAGGACUUAUCCUCGCGCCCGGUAGCGAAGACUCAAUACUCGAGGCCGCCGUGCGCUCGGCCUUCAACUACGUGGCUCAAGAGAGGAACUCUAACAAGGAGGCGUUUUACUUCUUGAGUCAGUUACUACACCCAUCGCAAGAGGAGACACUGAACCUGGAAUACAUCAAGAAACAGUUGAAGAAGUACGCCAGCUCCAGCGCCGACUUAGAUGACAUCAUUGCGGAGGACUCCGAAUACAAUUUCGGCAGCCAAUUGGCAGAAGAGUUUGUUUCCAAGCUGGGAACAAACAAGUAUCCGCAGGUCUUGGUAAACGGAGUGCCCCUGUCAGAUGAAGGCUCAACCCCCGUGACGUCAUCAGUAGAGCUACUGGAAGAGGCGCUAGUGACCGCUCUGUCGCGCCACACGGGCCGCCUGCAGCGAUCCGUGUUCCGUGGAGAACUGUCUGAUUCAGAUGACGCGAUGGAUUACCUUAUGAAGCAGCCGCAUAUUAUGCCUAGACUCAAUCGCCGCGUUCUGGGAUCAGAGCCGUCCCAAUACUUAGAUCUAUCUGGAGUGCCUUCCUCAACUGAGCUGUUUAGCGAAGAUAAGAUACACCGUCUGUUACAUUUGAGUGGUAGGGAUGCGCUUGCAACAGCAUUGCCACUUUUGAAGUAUUUCACGAAGCCUGGCAAACCGGACAAAAUUACUCAAACCAUCUGGGUAGCGGGUGACUUGAACAAAAAGGAUUCUAGAGAAUUGUUAAGGAACGCGCUGACUUACAUGCGCGAGACAGGCGGCGUCCGCGUGGCGUUCCUGCCGAACGUAGACGGCGAUCCCGAAACGGACCAGUCGCUCAACAAGGUGGUUUUAGCCGCGCUCACGGCGUUGGAACCCGCCAAAGCCACCAAAUAUGUGGCUGAACUGCUGGAGAACGAAGGCUGCCAUGAGAGACAGGACUGUGAUAUACUGCCGGAGCUGGUCCCAGCGCUGAACAAAUACGAGUGGGUUCUGAAAGCGACGCGCGUUCUUUGCGCGCGCAGUUUGCGGCUACGGGCCAGCGCACGCGCAGUCGUGCACAACGCGAGGCUCAUAGGACCUCUAAAUGAAGGCGAGCGGUUCACUGUUGAAGACUUUCUGUUGCUCGAAAGGUACACAAGCCAAGUCUAUGGCGACAAAAUAUCCGAAGUGUUCGAUAAGAAGAAGACUUUGACUAACGACGUAAAUGAUGACGAUGAUGAUCUAUCAGUGGACAUGAGCAACGAAGACCGAUUGAAGGUGAUAUCAGUGUUAGCGUCUCGCAGCCCGCGGGUCCGCACGCCUCUACCGGCCGGGCUUCGAACCGAGCAUUCGCUCGUCGACUUACCUCCGAGGAUGAAGAACGAGCCUUCCAUUGAGAUCGUAGCCGUGCUGGACGCGGCGUCGCUGCCGGCGCAGCGCCUGGCGCCGCUGCUGCUGGUGCUGCGCAAGGUCGUCAACUGCCGCCUCAAGCUCUUCCUCAACCCGCAGGACAAGAACUCCGACAUGCCGCUCAAGAGCUUCUACCGCUACGUGCUAGAACCAGAACUACAGUUCACGUCAUCGGGCUCGCUAACAGGCGGAGCGCUGGCUCGGUUCUCGCGACUGCCGCACGCGCCGCUAUUGUCGAUGGAGCUGCGCACGCCGCCCAAUUGGCUUGUGGAGUGCGUCAAGUCUGUCUACGACCUCGACAAUAUACGGCUGGCUGAUGUGGAGACUGUUGUGCACAGUGAAUUCGAGUUAGAGUACAUCCUGCUAGAAGGUCAUGCGUGGGACACAACCCUUGGGACCCCGCCGCGUGGCCUCCAGCUUAUCCUCGGUAGCCGAGAGAAGCCCGAGCUUAUGGACACCAUAGUGAUGGCCAACCUUGGCUACUUCCAGCUUAAGGCCAACCCUGGUGCUUGGAUAUUGCGCCUGCGUCCCGGACGCUCUGAAGAGAUCUAUGAGAUCGUUGGGCACGAGAACACGGAUACCCCAGCAGGCACGGAAGACAUCCAAGUGCUGAUGAGCUCGUUCCGCAGCCACGUGAUAAAGCUGCGCGUGAGCAAAAAGCCUGACAAGCAGCACCUCGAGCUACUUGUUGAGAACGACGAGAAGAACUCCGGCGGAAUUUGGAACUCUAUUGCGAGCUCAUUCGGAGGCGGCGAAGAAGAGACGCAAGACGAGACAAUCAACGUGUUCUCUGUGGCUUCUGGACAUCUCUACGAACGAUUCCUGCGCAUCAUGAUGCUGUCCGUACUCAAGCACACCAAAUCGCCGGUCAAGUUCUGGUUCCUGAAGAAUUACCUCAGUCCUUCACUCAAGGACAUCCUGCCAUACAUGGCGCAAGAGUACGGGUUCUCGUACGAGCUGGUGCAGUACCAGUGGCCGCGCUGGCUGCAGAAGCAGCGCGACCGCCAGCGCACCAUCUGGGGGUACAAGAUCCUGUUCCUCGACGUGCUGUUCCCGCUGCACGUCAAGAAGAUUAUAUUCGUUGACGCUGAUCAGAUUGUUCGAGCGGACCUGAAAGAGUUGGUGGAUUUGGACUUAGGCGGGGCCCCAUACGGAUACACGCCGUUCUGUGAUAGCAGGAGAGAAAUGGAAGGAUUCAGGUUCUGGAAGCAAGGCUACUGGCGCAACCACCUACAAGGCCGCAGCUACCACAUCAGCGCUUUAUACGUGGUGGACCUACGCCGCUUCCGCCGCAUCGCCGCCGGCGACCGCCUGCGAGGACAGUACCAGGCGCUCAGCCAGGAUCCCAACAGCUUGUCCAACCUUGAUCAAGACUUGCCAAACAACAUGAUACAUCAAGUGGCGAUCAAGUCGUUGCCGCAGGAGUGGCUCUGGUGCGAGACUUGGUGUGAUGAUAGCUCCAAGAAAUAUGCGAAGACCAUUGAUUUGUGCAACAACCCGCAGACGAAGGAAGCAAAACUGUCGGCGGCGAUGCGCAUCGUGCCCGAGUGGCGCGAGUACGACGCCGAGCUCAAGGCGCUGCAGGCGCGCGUGCGCCGCGGCCUCUACCAGGCCGCCGACACCGAACAGGAACUUGAUAGCGGCCAUGAUGAAGAAACUGCACCCAGUGAUAGUCAACCAAAAAAAGAUCACGAGGAGCAUACCGAGUUAUGAUGAACUAAAGUGAUGAUAUUACAAUUUUAGUUUUAAAGGUUAUUCCAAUUUUUGUUGAAUGAUUCUAAGUGUCAAUGGUUGAGUGUGCUCAAUUUUCGUUAAACAAGUGUAAUGUAAUGGUAAUUGUUCGCGAAUAUCUCGAAUCUAUAGUAGAUUGAAACAGAUUCGCGAUAUGUGUUACACAAAUAAUAUACGAUCGGUAGGUUCAAAAACAUUGCGUGUAACGGUUGAGGUGGCACGAUUUUUUACAAAUUAGUCAAAUUCUAUAUAAUAAAUAUUACAUUACAGAUCACAUUUCCGUAUUUCUAACCACACUCAAGUCCCCACAUGUCAUAUCUACAAUCUGCACUGUUAUUUUGCAAAAGGAAAAAGUGCCGCUAGGUGCCUUCCUGUUAGCGAUGAUACAUACUCGUACAUGGCUGACAAAGUAUUCCAUUCAAUGCAGUACACAGCGCAUACUUUAGUGUGUUUAACGCAUUUAUGUAUAACCAAAUUUUACCCACCCUUAGCCUUAUUAUUCCAGUAAAUUCUAAUUUGUUCUUAAGAAUGUUGUGAUUAAAUAUUAGCUUCACAAUUUUCUUGCUAGUACACUAAACAAAAUCUACCAGUGUUCGUUCGUUUUAGAUAAAUAAUGUUCACUGCUGGACACACCAGUGUAGUCUCGAAAAACUUUUCGUAACGUCGUUUACUUCACUUUUAAAAUGUUUUCAUGCCAUCUUUAACAAAUAGUGAAUAAGCUAAGAGAAAAAUGAUGUGAUUUAGUAGCUAGUAAGCAAUGUUGAUUCUUACGGUACUGUUUAAAAUCUAGACACACUGAAUUUAUUUUUUUAUUUAAAAUUUUAAAAACUUUGAUACAUAUUCCCCGAUGUAUCUUUAUAAUCGUAUGUGAUCUCUCACUUCUGUAGUACAUUCUUAUUAUAUCAAAUAAAGUUAUUAAAAUAAACUUCAAUAUUAUUGAACAAAUUGUAACUUGUAGAAAUAAUAUUCGGAAAACACAUUUUGAUUGUUCCAAAAAAGUUUUAUAACUGCAUUGCAAUGCCAUUUUUGUACUAGGCCUUCGAGGCGGUUUUCCUGUAAAUAAAUAACAUACAAUAUU